AUGGUCAAGGUGGUUUGCAAAGACCAUCUGGGAAUGAAAGUCGGAGGCAAGUGCAACACCAAUGACAUGAUCAGGGAUUUUAAGAAACUGAUAGUGGCCCAAACUGGCACCUGUUGGAGAAAGAUCACUCUUAAAAAGUGGUACAUGAUUUUUAAGAGCCAUAUGUCUCUGAGAGAUUAUGAAAUCCACGGUAGAAUGAACCCGGAAGUUCAUUACCAAUAG